UCCAUCGACUUUGAGCAUGCGCCCAAUUCUUCUCCAAGGACACGAGCGUUCAUUAACGCAGAUUAUAUACAAUAAAGAUGGUGAUUUAAUCUUCUCUGUGUCAAAAGAUCAUAGAAUAAACGUUUGGUACUCCCACAAUGGUGAGAGAUUAGGUACUUACGAAGGCCACAAUGGUACAGUAUGGUCUGUAUCCGUAGAUAAAAAUUCAGAAUAUUUGGUCUCUGGUUCAGCGGAUAACACUUUAAAACUUUGGUCUGUCAAAACCGGAGAAUGUUUAUACACAUGGGAGUUCCCAACGGCUAUUAAGAGAGUACAAUGGUCUAAUGAUGACAACCGUAUUUUAGCAAUCACUGAAGAGCGUAUGGGAUAUAAGGGUGCUCUCCGUAUCAUCGAGAUAAAUAAACAACAACCAACACAGCAAUCAGCUGAACCUAAGCAUUUCUUUGAGCCAGCAGGAAGUAAGAUAACAGUCGCUGCUUUCACAGCCAUCGGCAACGAGGUCGUCACUGGACACGAGAAUGGAAAGAUAGCAAAAUACAACUACGAAGAACAAAAGGAAGUCGCAGCUAGUGAAGGUGCUCAUCAAGAUUCUAUAAUGGACUUACAGCUCUCAUUAGACCAAACUUAUUUCAUCACUUCUAGCAAAGAUAAAGUGUCCAAGCUCUUUGAUACAAACACAUUAGAAACUAUAAAGACAUUCUCCACGGAUUCACCAUUGAAUUCAGCUUCAAUUGCACCAGGUAGCCCCUACAUUAUCGUCGGUGGUGGUCAAGAAGCAAUGAACGUCACGACAACAUCCGCACGUCAAGGUAAAUUCGAAUGUAGAUUUUGGCACAAGGUGUUUGGAGAAGAAGUUGGUAGAGUGAAGGGGCACUUCGGUCCAAUCAACACUAUCGCGGUACAUCCAGAAGGUAAAGCAUUUGCUAGUGGUGGUGAAGAUGGUUACGUCCGUGUGCACUGGUUUGAUGAAUCCUACUUCAGAACCAGAGUUUAUGGUGAUUUAGAGCCUGAGAUGGAUUAGAUUGACAAAAAGAAGUUGUAAUUCUCAAUGCAUUAUUUGUAGAACUAAAAGUAGAUAUUCACUACGAGUUUAAAUCGG